CCCGCCUCCCGCUGCAGCCGGGCCCCGGGGGUGCCUUCGCCGCCUGUUCCGUCAGUUCGGCUGUGGGUUUGCAUAUCCUGCUAUGAUGCCAGGGCAGAUUCCAGACCCAUCCCUGACAGCCGGGGCACUGCCUGGCCUUGGCCCCUUGACAGGACUGCCUGGUACCACCUUGACGGCAGAGGAGCUGAAGUAUGCCGACAUCCGCAGCAUCGGGGCCAUGAUCUCGCCCCUGCAUUUCCUGGAGGUGAAACUGGGCAAGAGGCCUCAGCCAGUGAAAAGCGAGCUAGAUGAAGAAGAGGAAAGGCGGAAAAGGCGCCGAGAGAAGAACAAAGUAGCAGCAGCUCGAUGUCGGAACAAGAAGAAGGAGAGGACAGAGUUCCUGCAGAGGGAGUCUGAACGCCUGGAGCUCAUGAAUGCUGAGCUGAAGGCCCAGAUCGAGGAGCUGAAGCAGGAGAGGCAGCAGCUGAUCUUGAUGCUGAACCGCCAUCGCCCCACCUGCAUUGUGCGGACAGAUAGCGUCAAAACGCCGGAGAAUGAGGCCAACCCACUCCUCGAACAGUUGGAGAAGAAGUGAAAGGUCACAGGUGGGCAAAGAGAAGCAGGCGGCAAAAGACAAAUGCAGGGUCUCUCUCAUCUAUGUACUGUAUGAAGAACUGUGCACAAAAGACUUGUGCAGCCAGAACAUGGCAAGCUUCCUUGGGGAUUGCACAUUCCAGCCAAACAGAGGGAGUGGAGGAGAUGACCACAGAUACCCCAGGAGGGGAAGCUCUCGCUGCUGUGCUCAGGCUCCACCCGAGUGAGUGCGGCCGGUGUUGCGCAGGGGGCCCUGCAGGUGCCUCGUCCUGGCUCCUCCGACUCUUGGAGAACCCUCCAGCACCCCUUUGCUGUGCAUGCCGCGUCUGGAACAUGUUGGGAGGCUGAGAAGCUGGUGCCGGGCUCCCUCCCACCCCUCUUCCCACAGGCAGCGGCUGGCGGUCAGCAGAGAAACCAGGGUAGGAAGCAGCGCGGACAACGGUCCGCUAGCGUUCGUUCCAGCACACUCCCAGCCUGGCAGCGUGCCCGUCUCCCAAACUGAACACUUGACACCAGCCCUGCCGCACGGCUGGGCCUGCCUGUGGCGCUGGGGCGCAGGCGCCCGCCCACAAGCACCCCCUCCAUGCAAUGUUUACAGCCCAGCUGUCCAGGCCAUGCUUUUACAAUGCACAUUUUUACACUUUUUUAUAUUUUUUAUAAAGGUUUUGUUUUUAUACAGCAGUCUCUAUAUGGAAUUAUAUAAUCACUAGAUGUGAUCUCAUAGAUAUGUAUGUUAUUAUGGUCUCUCUGUUACAACCGCAUAUGCCACAGUUAUCUCUUUUGUGUUACUUGUUUGGUGGCAUCUGGCUCCUUUCCCUCGGCAUGCUGGGAAAAGGUCCUGGGCCUUUGCACUGGCUCCACUGCCAUGUCCAUCCAUGUAUGUCCUUCAUAAUAUUCAGUCCUGUAUCUCUCAGUAAAUGUUAACUUUUACUUAUCCUGUGCCUUGUGCUUUGUUACCCGUCUUGCCUCAUCACCUUUAUUGUAACGUGCGCUGCAAAUGCUUUGUGCAGUUGCUGGCUACUGCUAGAGUGGCCUGAUUUGAAACUAAUCAGAUACUGUUACACAUAGCAGGGAGUGUGCUAAAGACUGGGGCCUGCAGCCAAAGCUGAAUCGAUUUGCCCAGGUAAGGACUGCAGAGUUGCAAAGUGACACAGAAGAACCAUGCUUUUACCUCCCACUUAUGAAUCAGUUUAUUAUAUGGCAGCUUACAUGCAAUCAAUAAACUAACAAGACAGUUCCUGUGCUCAGGCUUACCAUCUAAAAGGGACAACUCUAAAAGAAAAUAGUGUGGGAGGGAAGAGGAAAAAUGAAGAGUCGGGCACCAAUUCUUAAAGGUAAAUACUGGCUCUUAUAAUAACCAGCUGGAAUGGAAGAUAAUAUAACUUGCAUAUGCGAGAGCUUGGAAGGCUCUGUUUUCUGCUCUUCAACACUGUAAGGCUUCUGUUUUUGCUUCUUUUUCUGUUGAUGCUGUGUCUCAAACAGCCACACCCUCAAAGGAGCAAGGAAUGCUGGACCCACUCCUUCCCAUUCUGGAAAUGAGUGUCAAUUUGUGAAGCUAACGUAGCUCAGAGGUGUUGUCCUUGUCGUGCCUUUGAGCACCUGUAAUAAAGAAGGGAAAUACGUACAUUUAAUAUCAGCAUAUUUGUAUUCAAUUGCCUGGUAUAUCAU